CUGUUGGGGCCCUGGUCCUAUCAGCUCCCCUCUCAUUGUGCGGUGGCAGCAACCGACGUACACACAUUAAGCACAGAUCAGUCCGGCCUCCGCAUCCGUAAGGGGUGUUCUGUCCGCUUGCUCUUUCUCCUCUUGCCGCCCUUGUGCCGAGGCGCUUGCUGCCAGGCUUCUGUGCCAGUCUACAGAGCAGAGGAAGAGCCAUGAAUCUCGGGGAUGGUUUAAAGCUUGAAACUGAAAUACUGGAUGGAAAACCUAGACUUAUAGUGGCACCUUGUGUGAGCAAAUCCAAACCAAGUAUAAAGACGUGUAAUAAAAACAAACUCUUAAAACAUACACUGAGAACAAAACAGAAUGAGCAUAUUCUGAAAUCAGUGCAAACUUCCUGUGAGAAGAAUGAAUGUUUAACGAAACAGAAAGCAGGAUCAAGACUUUCACUGAUAAAAGAUGGGAAAAGCAGUGAGACGUUGAUAUCUAUUAAGGAUUCACCCAAAGAACCUUGCAAUAAAGACCAUGCUUUUAUCAUUCAAAAAGACAACAAAACUGCAAAGCCCGGUAACGCCAGGAUUUCAGUUAAGAAACCUCCACCGUCUAACAAGAAGUUAAAAAAAUAUCCUGCUUCUGUUGAGGAACUAAGGGACAAUUUAGUAUGUUUAACACAACAGCAGCUUGAACAGAUUUUGAUGGCUGUAAAAGAAGGAACUAAAGGAGUCUCCCAGCUGCAGGAUGAAAAGGAAAAAACAACACCGAACAGUGCAGAUAGGAACAUUCCUGCUGAUCAGACUCCAGAAGAAAACAUAAUGGGAUUACUCCAAAAGGCCGGUGAAAUUCCAUCUAUUCCAAGUGAACAUAGUUUCAUUUCAAACAAAAAACAAGAAACAUCCAAGCAGGCCGAACAGAAAGUUAUUGCGAAUUCAUGGAAACCAGCUGAUAUAUUUAGUACUCUGGGAGAAAGAGAGAGGGGUAAAACCUUAUUAGAUACUAAAAAGUCCCAGUGGAAGAAGGAACUCGAUGAGCAGGUAGCUUUAAAGAAGAAACUGAAAGAAACUUUGGAAACAGAAUUAAAAUAUCACCUGUGGCAGAAAAUGGAUGCAGUAAAAAGCUGUCCAGAAAAAGUGCCGAUGGUCCAGAUGGCAUUUUCAGAUGACUUCAGUGCUGCAACGGAAGAUACGCACAUUUGUAGAACUUUAACCACUGAAGCUAAUGAAACUUCACCCAGUGUUUCAAGCGGCCAAACUGGACAGUUCUCCAGUUUCAGUUCUCCUGAUUUACCAGCUAUUCAAACCUCAUUUGUGUUAGGGGAAGCGACACCAGUGGAGCAUUCUUUUAGUGCUGUAAAACGUGAGCAACAGAAAAAGUGGCUUGAAGAGCUUGAUAAACAGAAAGAAGCUGACAAACUACGAAAACUAGAAGAAAAGUGUAAUUUAUCCAAGCCUCUCAUCAAGGAGCAGGAAUAUGCUGUUGGAGGAUUGUAUAAGGGUGAAGAGCAUGACAAGUGGACAAUGCAUUUUGAUUCUUUCAAGAAUCAUGCUAACUCUUUUUUAGAAUACCCUUUAAAUGCAACAUAUAAAAAGCAGCCUGAAACUUUACACCUGUUGUCUGAACCCCAGAACCAGACUGCUUUUACAUCUACAGCUAUAUGUCAUCACACACCUACAGAGGUGGAGAUUUCAGGAAAGGCAAUUGGAAAUAUUUCAGAGCCAAAUCAGAAAGCCAGUUUCCUUCGGUCAAUGACUGCCCUCUUGGAUCCUGCUCAAAUUGAGGAGAGAGAAAGGCGACGGAAAAAACAAUUAGAACAUCAGAAAGCCAUAAUGGCUCAAGUAGAAGAAAAACGGAAGAAAAAACAACUUGAAGAGGAACAAAGAAAACAAGAAGAGCAAGAAGAAGAGUGCCGACUUGCAAAAGAGCAGGAGCAAAUGAAGAGGCAGUUUGAAGAAGAUCUGCUCAAACAAAAGCAAAAAGAGGAAAUCAUGACCCUUAAAACAAAUGAGUUAUAUCAGACAAUGCAGAGAGCUCAAGAGCUGGCCCAGAGGUUAAAACAAGAGCAACGUAUUAAAGAUUUGGCUCAGAAAGGACAUGAUAUUUCCAAACUGCAGAAGAAUCUUGAUGGUGGUGAUGUACCAUGUGAGAGUUACUGUACUGACCUGAAUGGCUUUUUGGACAUUAGUGAUAAUAAUUAUCACUGUUCUGGAGAGAAUAGCAGUAUAGCAAAUCAGGAUGUCAAAACUAUUCUCUCUCCUCGAAAAGACACUGCUGUUCAGACAGAUAGCAGUAACAUUGAUGUACACCCUUAUUCUGAAAUUUGCACUAAGCAAGCUGUGAAAGGAAGAACAGACUGUGAAUCUCCAAAUAUUGCUAUAGAAUAUAAAGUAGACUUCAACAGCAAAAAGUGCAAGAGUGAGGCACAGUUUCUAGAUAAAAAGAUUUCUGAAAAAGAGAAUAUUGUCAGCUAUAGCAAUCUAUAUGAACAGUUUGCACAGAAACAGAAACAAACCAAGGCAAUGGAAAGAAAUGGGAAAAAACCAGACUGGAACAUAAACAAACCUUGCAAAAGGUAUAUCACAGCAUCAGAAAAAUAUCCAAGAUGCCUGCAAAAGCAAAGGGAAGAAAAGAAAGCAAGACGACAAAUGGAACUGCUUCAGUUGGUCGAAAGAAAUAGCCCUGGAAAUCUCAGUCAAAAGAAAGGAGUUUCUCCAGACAGAUCCCUCUCACCUCAUCAUGACUAUGAUGUUAAGAAUAAGGAAGAACAAUCUCCAGAAAACAAUUUGCCUGAACAAAGAUCUGAAUCACCACCUGUUCCAGCAGUUAAAAACAGAUUACAACAGCAAAUAAAGACUCCUGAUUUUCCAGCUCAUAAUAGCAACAAUGGAAGAGAGAAAAGUAUAUAUACAGAGAAGCAUCAGAGUGAAGUACAACCUCCAAGUGUUGAAGUGGAAAGGCCACCUUCUUCUCAUUUUGUUCCCUACGUGCGAACAAAUGAAGUGUAUUACCUUGAUCCAGAUGCACCCAUGACUAGGCCUUCAACAUACGAUUCACAAUAUCAGCAGUUGAAUGAUGCUUACCAUACACCACGGCAGAUUUUUAGCUCUGAUCAUGCAAGGGAUCCACUUUUUAAUCCUAACGUGGUAAGAGACAGACAGCAGGCCAUACUCAAAGGACUUUCAGAACUACGACAGGGCCUCCUCCAGAAGCAGAAAGAAUUGGAGACAUGUCUUAUUCCAAGUAUAAUAAGUCAAGAAGAGAAUUUUAUUUCACCGUUUUAAAAAAUUUCAAGUUUGAUGAAUGGAUUUUUACUGUGUUGGCACUUUAUACUCACUACUGUAAUUAUGAACCACAGUGGUAAAAUGUGGACUUUUGUUCAUUCGAUUUGAGGAUGCUUGAAUAACUGAUUACAUGUUUUUGUAUGUUUAGGAUAAACUUCCAGUAAUGGAAGAAAAAUCUGUUUACCAGAAAGCAAUGCUAUAGCACGUGGUUUUGUUUACAUGGAGUAUUUGUGUAACUAAUUUAAAUUUUGUGUGUAUGCUUAGC